AUGUCAUAAAUAAAAGGAUAUAAUGAUGAAAUUUACAACAAGAAUAAUUUAUCAGCAAUGAAGGAGUCAAAUUAUUCUUUUAUUCGCCAAUUAAUUUAGUCAAUCCCUAUCAUAUGGAAUAAAGAGAUAAGAUUCAAAAGAAGAAAAUUUAUUAAAUUUAUUUAAUCACUUUAAAUAAUAACUUUGCUUUUUGAUGAAUAAAAUUAUGUUGAUUAAAAAAAUUUUGGACAAUAAAAUUUUAGUAAAUUUUAUUAUUAAAAAUACAUAAUUUUAGAUGUGAUUUUUAUACUCCAUAAAGAAUUUAAUUUGUUUUAGAAAAAGUAAAGAAUUUUAAAUAUUUGAUAGGUCAAACUCAGCUAAUUCAUAAAGAUUUGAAGAAGAUGGAUACAGAUUUGAACGAAACUUUCUAUACAUGUCUAUAUCUAAUAAUUUAAACAUCCCAUUUUUGACUUCCAAAAAUUUUUUUACAUCAAUAUCAUUUUAAGAUAAUUAAUUACUGAUGUUAUGA